AUGGGCGUCCAGAAGAAGACGCGCAAGUUCGCGACCGUGAAACGCAUCAUCGGCCAGAAAGAUGCCCGCCUGAAGCAGAACCAGCAAAAAGGCGCAGAGUUGGCUAACAAGAAGAAAGACGACGAUGUGAUUAGAGAAGUCCCACAGAUGUCCUCCGCCCUCUUCUUCCAAUACAAUACUGCCCUUGUACCGCCCUACAACGUUCUCGUCGACACCAACUUCCUCUCCCACACAGUCCAGAAGAAACUCGAGAUGCUGCCGACCAUGAUGGACUGCCUCUACGCCAAGUGCAUCCCCAUCAUCACCGACUGCGUCAUGGGCGAACUCGAGAAACUCGGGCCCAAGUACCGGAUCGCGCUGCGUAUAGCGAGGGAUGAGCGCUGGGAACGGCUGAAGUGCGGGCACAAGGGCACGUAUGCUGAUGACUGUAUCGUGGACCGGGUGAUGAGACAUAAGAUCUAUAUUGUGGCUACGAAUGAUCGGGAUUUGAAGCGGAGGGUCAGGAAGGUGCCGGGUGUGCCGAUCAUGUCGGUCGCAAGGGGAAAGUAUGUGAUUGAGAGGCUGCCUGAUGCGCCGGAGAAGUGA